AGAGAUUUUGAUGAACGCUGUGCCCAGUGUUCAGAAGUGAACUGGGGUCUGACCGAUGGAGGCAGAUUUUACUGCAGAUCUUGCCACAAUGUUACUGAGAGAACUAGAGAAGUUGUAAACACUGAUUUUAUUUCUAAUACAAGAGUCCAGACAAUCUCCAAACGUUUAAGAAAGCAGGAAAAAACUGAUGGAGGCUGUGAAUGGUAUGUUUGUGAAGGUUUUCAGCUUGUGCUCAAGAAACAAGCUGAAGCUUUGGAAGCAUUAGGAGUAUGUCCACAAAUGAAGGAUGAAAUUUUGUGCAAUUUUUGGAGGCGUUAUCUUCAGAAGAGCAAACAGGCAUAUUGCAACAGACCAGCUGGGGAAACUGUCAAAGCAUUGUCAGUAUGCGAUAGCAGUACUGAUGUGGACAGUGAAGCAGAGAGAUGUAGCCUCCUUUACUCGUCUCUCUCUGAAAGUGAGGGGGAUCUACAAACUGAUUGCAGCUUUGCCUCAUCAACUAGCAAGGUCUCAGAAAGCACCUCUGUGUGCUCUGGAUCAGUGGAUGGUAGCUUGUAUUUAAUGAAGAACCAAAAGGAGAAACUGAGGAUGACAAUGCCAAUGACCCUUUCAUUUUGUUACAUGGCAUUACUCUGGUUGAGAGAACCAAUGACAUUAUCUGAUCUCUUGAGGUUUGUUGUUGAAGGUCAUGUUCCGUAUUUGAAUGUUUUUCGGCAUUUUCCAGAGAAGAUGAAAUUGUGUGGACUUGAUCUUAAGAUCUUUUGUGUAGAGUCGUGGCCUGUAUAUGGAGAAGUAUACAACAAAAUGCUGGAGCUUGCAGCAUUUUUAGACCUGCCUCGUUUUCCAGAUAUAACAGACAGCUGCUUUCUUCAUCCAGACAUGUUGUGCAUGAAGUACCUGAUGGAAGCUAAUUUACCUGAUGAAUUGCAUAAUUGGACUUGUCGAGUGGUGAAAAAGAUCUGUAUUGGAGAAACUAAUUUCCUGACUCUUGUGCCUGGAAAUAAGUCAACAAGAAAUGUGAAAUACGAUGUUCUUGCUGCAGCAGUUAUUGUAGUUGUGCUCAAAUUAUUGUUUUUAUUAGAUGAUCACUAUGAAUGGUUACUUUCAGACUUUGCUGAAGAAAGAAAUAAAAAUAACAAAGAAGGGGAAUCUGGUUGUCCAUAUUUUGAGUUCAAAAAGUGGUACAAGGUUAUAAAAUGUUCCUUGGAUGUGGAGCAAAAGAAAUUGGAUGAAGAAAGAGCCAAGUGCCUGUGGAGAUGUGAAAAGCCACUGUUUUAUUCAGCCCAGAAGAAAUCUAAAGUUCUUAAGAGAAGACAAAUGGUUGAGAACUUACAAAAUCAGUUUGGCAAGCUGUCUGGUUCAGUGCGACCUGCUGAAAAGCCAAAUCCUUCAAGUUUUCAGUUACGUUGGUCUGAAGAAAACACAGAUGGGAGUUGUUUUCACGGACAUAGCCUGAAGGGAAUUUUGCAAGAAAAAUGUGGUUUACUUACAGCCAUGAACCCUGACUAUUGGCUGUGUACAGUUAAACUAUGUACUGAGAAAGUGUGUGGUCAUGUGGCUCAUUACAGAGAAGUGGACUUUCCCCAGAGUUACCAUUUUGUACUAAGGUUAUUCUCCUUUCUUCUGAGGAUACAGCCCUCUCAUAUCCAUGACGAGGUGUGUGUGAUAGAACACAAACUUUUUGACAAAAGACUCUGUAAAAAGCCAAAAUACAACACAGGCCUAAGGAAUUGUCAAGAGGAUGCUUUUGCAGGGCCGGGAGCAAAAGAGCCAGGACCCACAGGGCUUUUGGGAGAGGUAAAGUCUGAAAAUGUUCGGUCCCAGAAUAAGGUGUCUGCUCCCUGUUUCAUCUGUCCUCUCCCCCUGUCAGGUCGACUUGGUCGGGAUCCUGGGAUGCUUCUGUGCUGCCUCUUCGUGGGGGCUCUCUCAGGGGUGCGGAGUGGAGGCUGCCACGAGAGAGAGAGGGGUGAAGACACCACUUCUUUACAGGCCCAGGGAAGAGAAGAGUGUCCUAAAACUCUCCUAACUGGGCAGCUGGGUGGUUUCCGUGCUGCGGAGCAAAGUGGAUUAGGCAGAGAACAGCAUGCAGCGGAAGAGCUGCACAGGCUGUUCUCCUGCUACACCACUGUCGGCCUGCGUGGUGGGAGCUACGUACGCCGAAGUCAAACUCAGAGGAAGCGCAGUACUGGGCAGAGACGAGAAAUGUUCAGUGAAACUGGAUAG